AUGUCUCACCGAAAAUUUGAGGCCCCACGUCAUGGCUCUUUGGGAUUCCUUCCACGAAAGCGGGCACGUCGCCACCGAGGGAAGGUUAAGUCUUUCCCGAAGGACGACCCUUCAAAACCUGUGCAUUUGACUGCUUACUUGGGAUAUAAAGCUGGAAUGACCCAUGUGGUUCGAGAUUUAGACCGUCCCGGUUCCAAAAUGCACAAGAAGGAGGUAGUCGAGGCAGUUACUAUAAUUGAAACACCACCACUCGUCGUAGUGGGUGUAGUUGGCUAUGUCGAAACUCCACGCGGUCUCCGUUCCCUAACAACAGUAUGGGCUCAACAUUUAUCUGAAGAAUUAAAACGACGCUUCUACAAAAACUGGUAUCGCGCAAAAAAGAAAGCAUUCACUAAAUACGCCCUAAAACACGCAAGCGGCGGAAAAGACAUCGUUCGUGAAUUAGAACGAAUCAAAAAAUACUGUCAAGUUGUUCGCAUUUUGGCACACACUCAAAUUCGUAAAGUCAACAUUGGCCAGAAAAAGGCACAUCUUAUGGAAAUCCAAUUGAACGGUGGAACGAUCUCAGAGAAAAUCGAUUGGGCUAGAGGUCAUUUUGAGAAAACGGUCGAUGUGUCGUCGGUGUUUGAACAGGAUGAGAUUGUUGAUGUUAUUGGCGUGACGAAGGGCAAAGGAUUCGAAGGGGUUACGCAUCGAUGGGGUACAAAGAAACUCCCGAGAAAGACACACAAAGGUCUGAGAAAGGUUGCUUGUAUUGGUGCAUGGCAUCCUUCAAGAGUAAUGUAUUCUGUGCCACGUGCUGGUCAGAAUGGCUACCAUCACCGAACAGAAGUGAACAAGAAAAUUUACCGUAUAGGCAAAAGUGAGGAUAAAUCUAACGCGGCUACAGAAUACGAUCUUACCGAAAAACAAAUCACACCAUUGGGUGGAUUUCCUCAUUAUGGAGUUGUGAACGAAGACUUUAUAAUGAUCAAGGGAGCUUGCGUUGGGGUAAAGAAACGGGUCCUCACGUUGAGAAAAUCACUUAUUACACAUACUAGUCGAUCUGCACUAGAAAAGAUUUCGCUCAAGUUUAUCGACACUAGUUCGAAAUUCGGUCAUGGUCGAUUCCAGACUGCUGCCGAGAAACAUUCCUUCCUCGGCACACUCAAAAAAGACAUUAUCUUGUCUGCUCAUUUUCAGGCAAGUUUUCUUAUAGAAAAGAGCGAUGGACAGGUUUUUGGGGGUAGAGUUGCCGCCGAAAACUCUUCGGCAUCAUUCAAGGCUAUCGAUUACGCGUUUGAUCUCUGUUCCCAAUUCAACACGCCAUAUUCACUCAAAAUUAUUUACGUGGUCGCGUUGAAUCCUGAAACAAAUAUACCGUUUCUGUAUAAUCUGGAUCGAGCAAAUAACCUUGAUAUAUUGAUGGAGGCUAAAGAAUCGGCGGAUAAGAUCAAAGAAUAUUUGGAUCAAGCGCAGUAUAAUCAACAGCUGGCAGGAGUAAAAUAUAACUUUAUAAAACACGAGGGUUACGGGUUGGUUAGUGAACUGGUCAAAGAAUAUAUUGAGAAGAGUGAACCGAAUUUGAAUCUGUUGGUUGUUGGAUCGCGUAAUCUGGAAGGAUUGAAAAAGGCGAAUCAUACUCAUUCACCAGUACAACAAGUGCGAACAGCACAACAACAAAAUAUGGUAGAUGUUCCGACUUCAGAGUCGACAAUAGACACAACUACACAACAACAAAGUUUAGAAAACUUCAAUCUGACUAGUACUUACAAUAAAAUCGUUCAACGAUACUCAAAUUGCCAAGGUCGGGAAGCUAUUCCUGAUUCGUAUACGAAAGCUCUUAAUAACCAGAUGCUUGCUCCCAUUCGGAACCUGACUGUGCUAUCCAAGAAGGAAGAGAAAAAUGGUUCUGCUGCUGAUAAAAUAUCUAUUAAGCAAAAAUACAAAAAUAUGAGAUACGUGAAAAUAUCGGAGUUGGAAACAGACAAGAAAAUUGAUGUUAAUUCGCUGAGUGAAUUAUUAAUACCGUUUCGAACAGAUGCUAAAUUGAAGCAGGACGAUUUUAAUCCGUCAGAAGAAGGAUAUUAUCUCAUAAACGAACUACAAGAUUCCCUAGAACGCCAACAAGCUCAAGUAGCGAAAGCAGCUAAAGCUAAUGUAAUGAGGGUUACACCGACGAAUCGUCCUGACAAACCAAAGACCGGUGUGGUGACCAUUCGGAAGAGUACAAAUGGGACAGCCACGACAAACCGGAAUGGAGUAAAUGGUGCCAAUACAUCAUCCACAGCAGCAAUCUCAACACCUAUUAAUAGCAGCACACAAGGUAGCACAAAUGGUGCUAGAAUCACUGUCUCGCCCACAUCUACGAGCACGCGGAUAACAAUACAGGAGGGCGAAGUGCCACGGGAGCAUAAAAAGCAUCAUAAACAAAAAGGCGACGAAGAAUAUAAAAAGAGUAAACGACGAGUGGGGAAAGAGCGGCAGGUGGUCUCGAAUGACAUGGAAAUUGAUUGA